CCUCUAUACGGUUAUCAUGACGACACCAAGCGCACACCCUAGAGCUAUUAAACACUACUCGGUUGAUCGAUCUUACACCACCUCCAGUCCUCACUUUCGGUAUACAAUAAUUAUAAGGGCAACCUAGGCCUAGCAUGAAGAAGAGUGGAUCAUCAUCAGGCUCACCGAAGAGUUCUGCGGGCACUCGUGCUAAAAUGAACAGUAAGACAUCAGGAAAACCAGCAACAAGCAGAGUUGUAGUACCAAAAACUACGCAGAAUAAAGUCAUAAGAGCACCAAAAAUGCAGACUAUACCAAUGAAGAAGUCCAAAGAUGGUACUCUUCACCCUGAAGGGUACACAGUGAGGCCUGUGAUUCCUGCAGAGAAGGCAGAGUUAAUUUCCGUUGCCAGGGCAAUGCAUAGAGAGGAGUUUGGCCCAAGAAUGCAGAAACUAUUUCAACCAGAAACGGAUGCAGCACUUGAAGCCAUACAAACAGGUGUUUAUGUUGGCUGGAGGUUACCAAACUAUAAGUUUGAUUGCAUCCGUGUUGGUCGUCUUUCACGCUGUUUCUGUGGCCAUCUUUUACAAGACCAUGCAAAAUAUAAUGCAAAAAGUCUGCGUGUCCCUUGUGGUCAAUGUGAGUGCAAAGCAUUUGCCUUUGUUCCUGGACGACCAGAGGAUGUUGGGGAAUUCUGGUUCCAGCGGAGAAGGAACUUCGACCCAUCCACGUGGCGAGCAAAGUGCCGAUGUAAACACACUCAUGAAGAACACAGAUGUAAUGGGAUGCGACAUUGUAAAACAAGAGGAUGCAGUUGUAGUGCUUUCAAUUCUAAUUUUCUGUGUGCAGCUUGCGAUAAGCACUGGGAAGAACAUGAAACUGUGUUUGAAGGAGAAACUGAACGUAGACAAAAUGGCAUCCCAUAUGGCGAGGAGUAUUUACCAUUUGCCGAGAUGCCUAAUCUCCGAAACAUGGCAUUGACCGGGGUUGAUGAUGAUCCGGGAAUAUAUCGAGAGCUGGUAGAAGGAAAGGGAUCAAUUCCACAGGGAAGACAGAUAACACAGGGCACCCCAGUAAGGCCUAGUGCUAAUCCAUCAUUUAAACCUGUCUGGGACUAAUGUGCAAUUUUUUAUAAAAUGUUAAAUACUGUAUUAUUAUUGUACUUACAUUUAACUGUAUGUAUUAAUAGUUGUUAUAUAGAUAUACAAAUAUCAACCCAAUUUGUUUAUAUAAGGCCAUUAUGUAUUGAAUUUUUAUCCAUUAUUUAGUAUGCAAAUUAUAAUGAUUAUUCUCAAAACCAAAAAUUUUCGACCUUAUUCUAUAAUUUUAUUACAUGUUCUUUUGUUGUGUUGAUGUAUUGAAGACAGAUAUCACAGGGCACCCAAAGAAGGCCUAUUGCUAUAGUCUAUCGUUUAAACCUCUCUGAGACUAAAAGUGCAAUGCUGUAUUUAGAAAUAUUAAAUACUAUCAUUAUUUUAAUUACAGUACUGUAUAUAUUAAUACUUGGUAUAUAUAGAUAUAUAAUAUACAACCCAAUUUAUUUAGGUAUAGACCAUUAGGUAUAGAAUUUGUAUCCAUUAUUAGGUAUGCAAAGUGUAUGAAUAUUUUCUAAAUCAACGAGUUUAAUCAAUCUUAUAUUUUAUUGUGAAAAAGGAGUUGCCCUAACCAGGAUUCGAACCUGAAACGCCUUAACCACUGUGGCUUUGUUGAGAAUUCAAAUCCCAGUUAUACACUGAUUUUUAUUGGGGCCCUGCAUGUACACUUGGGUAGUCGAACAACACUAGUUGUUAUUGCACUGCGCAGAUAAAUAUGAUAUUGCCCUCUCAUCUUCACCAUUUUAACAAGACAGUAGAAAGAUACAUUUUUUAAUUAAAUCUCAGUACAAUCUUUGGUAGAGAAACACUUUCAUACUGGUGAUUAAGAUAUUUAUCUAGAGUAUGUGACAAUAAUGAUUGUAAUGGAAAAGGUGUAUUAAAAAUGA